CUGCUCAUCGAUCCACACGGCUGGCUGCAUCCAUCCAUCCAUCCACAUCCACCGACUGACCGCCAUGGCGCAGGCGGAGCGCGAGCAGCUCAGCGUGGUGAUGUUCCCGUGGCUCGCGCACGGCCACAUCACCCCGUACCUAGAGCUGGCCAGACGGCUCACCUCCGCGGACCGCCGCCGCGCCGCCGGCGAUAACAUCGACGUGACCGUGCACCUCGUCUCCACGCCCGUCAACCUGUCGGCGAUCGCGCGGCACCAGACGCCGCGGAUCCGCUUCGUGGAGCUCCACCUCCCAGCGCCACCGGACCUGCCGCCCGACCUGCACACCACCAAGCACCUCCCAUCCCGGCUCAUGCCGACGCUCAAGCGCGCAUGCGACCUCGCCGCGCCGCGCUUUGGCGCGCUGCUCGACGACCUCCGCCCGGACCUCCUCCUCUUCGACUUCCUCUACCCGUGGGCGCCGCUGGAGGCCGCAGCCCGCGGCGUGGCAGCGGUGCACUUGAGCACCUGCAGCGCCGCCGCCACCUCCUUCUUCGUCCACUGCCUCGGCACCGGCCGCGCGUUCCCGUUCCAGGGCGUCGGGCUCGGCACCGCCGAGGAGGAGGCCAAGUACACGUCCCUGUUCGCCGUCCGGGAGCACCCCGACGCCCUGGUCCCCGAGCGCGACCGCCUGCUGCUCAGCCUCGCGCGCUCCUCGGGCUUCGUGGCCAUCAAGACGUGCGCCGACAUCGAACGACCCUACAUGGGCUACCUCUCCGAGCUCCUGGGCGGCAAGGAGAUCGUCCCCGUCGGCCCGCUGCUCGUGGACGACUCCGACGGCGGCGGCGGCAACUCGUCCGAGUCCGACCGUGUCACGCGGUGGCUCGACGCCCAGCCUCCAGCUUCCGUGGUGCUCGUCUCCGUCGGCAGCGAGUACUUCAUGACGGAGGAGCAGCUGGCGCGGAUGGCGCGCGGCCUUGAGCUCAGCGGCGAGCGGUUCCUGUGGGUGGUGCGGUUCCCCAAGAGCCCCGAGGAGGACGACGACGCGGCGCCGGCGCCGGCGCCGGCGCGCGCGCUGCCCCGCGGGUUCGCCCCGGCGCCCGGGCGCGGGCUGGUGGUGGAAGGGUGGGCGCCGCAGCGCCGCGUCCUGGCGCACCCGGCCUGCGGCACGUUCCUGUCGCACUGCGGGUGGAGCUCCGUGCUGGAGUCGCUGGCGGCGGGGGUGCCGAUCGUGGCGCUGCCGCUGCACAUCGACCAGCCGCUGGGCGCCAACCUGGCCGCGGAGCUGGGCGCCGCCGUGCGCGUGCCGCAGGAGCGGUUCGGGGAGUUCCGGGACGAGGACGUGGCGCGCGCGGUGCGCGGGGCCAUGCGCGGGGAGGAGAGCCGCGCGCUCAGGCGCCGUGCCGCGGAGCUGCGAGAGGUGGUGGCGCGGAACGACGCGGACGGCGCGCUGGUCGACGCGCUCGUCCAGCGCAUGGCGCGGCUCUGCGGCAAGGGACAGCAGCGAGUGGCCGUGCCCAACUGAAUUUCCGUUGCGUUGCGCUCUUUGCUCUGUUUCGUUUAGAGUCCGUCUGCUCGCCACUCAUCAGAGUGUUCUAACCCAGGAUUCUUUUCUAAUGCCUUCUUCCUCCGUCAUGUCGCUGUCGCCCGUUGCCCCGUCACAGCGCGACAGGGUCUCGCCGGAGCUCCGUGACCAUAGAGCUACGACAAGAUCCUCCCAUGUCUGCAGCGACCUCCGUCUUCUUCUCUCUCCGCCGCCGUCAUGACCAUGGUCGUCCUGUCUCGAUAGCCUUCUACACUAUCGGAACCGUAACCAUCGUCCCUUCGUCGUUCCUACUGUUUGGGCGGUUAUCUCUUCGGAGCACUGAAGAGAGAGAGAGAGAGAGGGAGAAAAAAAAAAUCAAGUGUUGGAUUGCUCUAAAAACCUCUAAGUAGUAUUUAGCAAAUAAAUUCAUAUAUAAUAGUAGGGUAUAUUUGGCAUAAAAAAAUCAUGCAUGUGACUACACACGCGGAUUGAAAAUUUAAAUGAACCGAACUUUGCUCAUAUUUGUAACACGAAUACAAUGCACAUGUCCGCAAAUUAACUUGAUUAGGUAAUUAACUUAAUUAGGUCUUGUUCAGUUGAGAAAAAUUUUUAGUUUUAGUACUAUAGCAUUUUGUUUGUAUAUUUGGUGUAAUUAUUAUUCAAUUAUG